AUGAUUUCUAAGAUUUAUUCAAAGCCGGGAUUGGAAUCAUUAAGAGAUAAUUUUAUCAAAGUUGCUAAAGAAUUCGAAACACCUUAUUUCAGUUUGUCAACAAUCAACAUCACUCCUCGUAAUCUCAAACAAAUUUCAGCAGCAAUUGAUGCAAUAUUAUCUGAACAAACAACAGCAAUCAUUGAUUCUGUUUUGAGAGAAUCGAAAUUCAUCAUUGAAUCAGUGAUUAAAUCUCAGAACGAAAUGAAUCCUCUUGACAAAUCAUUGCUUGAACAGUUACAGAUGCAAUUGAUACAGAUUUACCAGGCAACAAAACAAGAUCUAAGUAAAAUCAAUCCAUUGGCAAAUAACAUUGAAAUUUUGAAAUUGACUGUUUUGAAUACUUUAAUUGAUUCUCCAUCAAUUUAUUCAUUAUCUAAAUUGGGUCACUUGAGAACAUACUAUGAUUUAGUACAAUCAAUUGGAGUGUUGAUACAAAACACUGUAAAUGAAGUCAAAUCCAAAUUUGAACAAAAUCAUCAAACUGUUCAAAAAAUUAAUGAAUUUUUGGAUUUCUAUUUCAAAGGUGUUGAAAUCAGAGCGGAAUUCAAUAGAGAUCCAUUCAACAAGAAGACAAUAAAUAACGCACUUAAACUGUUGAAUGAAAUCAAGAGUAAUGACAUCAAACAAGUAUUUACUUCAUAUGGUUUGACUCAAUUUUCUAAUUUGAUCGUUGAAAUUGAAAAUUUAACAGAAAAGUGUCAAAGUGAACUUGAAAAUGUCAAACCGUUUGAAAUUCAGAAUAUGAUUAAUGUUCCAACUAAAGAACUUGCACAAGUAGUCUGCAACGCCGUGAGAUUGUACCAGGCAGUUAUUGUUAAAAGUUCUGCGAGAUCUGAUCUUUACAGUGAUGCAAAGAACUCCAAAUUACUCAAAGAAGAAGCAAACAAACUCCAGGAUGUCUGCAACAAUUUGCUUCUCCAGGAAUCAUUCCCAACAGUCAAAUUAUACGAAAAUGUCAAAAUUUUCUUGGAACACAUUGAAAGUGUGAUUAAAAACGUUGGAUCCGAAAUAUUUGAGAAAGAAACAAUGCCAGCGAUGUCUGUAAUUAAAAACGAACUCUACAAACAUGUCAAUCCAGCUCCUCCUGAUGUAAACGAUGUCAUCAAGUACUCAGCUGUUUUAUCAGACAAAAUCGAGAGGACAUAUCAAUUAAUUGUCAGCGACAAUGAUUCAUUUUCUCUCGAAGACUUUUGCCAACAGUUUGGAAAACUCAAGGACGAAAUUGUCUUGGUUCUCAAGCAGAUCUCCAUUGGCAAACACAUGUCUGAGUACUUGAUUGUUUCAAGAUUCGCUUUGGCAUCGUUAUCCAAGACAAUUGACAUGUUUUUGAUGAGAGAAAACGUGAUGGAAUUCCAAGAUUUGAUGAAACAGUUGAAUGAUUUGCAGAUAAUGAUACAAAACAUGGUCGGAUUGAUCAAUUCCCUUGAAAUAGUCCACUUCCACUCCAAAGAAAUUGAAGCAAGAUCAAUAGAAGAAGUCAUCGACAUCGACACAAUUUUCAUUUUCAUUGCUUCUCAGUUCAUCAAUUUCUCAAAGUCUCUGGCAUUUUUGUCGAAUUUGCCUGAGUUCACUUUCUCUCCAUUGCUCAAAUACCAGUACGGACUGAUCAAAGACAAAGUCACCUAUUUGUCUAAUCUUUCGUACAACGAUCCACAGACAGUCAUUCAGACAUUGGAUGGAAUGGAUUUGAAUGAAAUUCAUUUGUUCGUCAAAUCUGUUUCUCCUCUUUCCCACAAUCCGAAAUUGUCGAGUUCUUUCACGGCAAUCACAAAUAACUUGGCAUUGUUCAAGCAGUAUUCUGAUCACGACAGACUCGACGACAAAUCAAUUGUCGAGUACAAACAAAGAAUACAAAAUUCCGGACAAUUCAUCAAUGAUCCAAUGUUGAGACAUUAUUUCAACGAAUUACUCAAAAGUAAUGAUUCUCUCUUGUUCCAACAAUUCACAAACAGUACAGCUUUCAUUUUAGAAGACGAAAUACCGAAAUCAUUCCACACAAACCUUGAUCAAAACACAAGACUCGCAAUGAUAGAAAUUUAUCAGAAAACUCUUCAGUUUUCCUCAAGAAUUCCUCACAAAACAAUUUUCACAUCACCUUUCUAUUCAUCUAAUGAUUCUCCACUUUCCAAAUACGCCAAAGAGUUCUAUUCCAAUCAAUCGAAUGGAAUAGAUCCUUCCAAAGUCAUCAGUGCCAUUUCAGAAACGAAAAAUUUGCCGAUUUUCAUCUCUUCCGAAUUAGAAAAUCUCAAAAACAUCAAUUCGACGUCAAACACUCUUCCUUUGAUCAGAGCUCUUUCUUUGUUCACUGACAAAUCGCAGUUCAUCACUUGUUCACAGAAGAUGCUGGUUAUUUCAUUCGAGAAAUGCAAAAUAAGUCUAUUAAACAUGGCGAAUAUUUUGCAACAAGCUGAUGAAAAAAUCAGAACUGAUGGACAGCAACAUGACCCAUUCUUAAGGAGUUUGUUGGAGUCAUCACGAAAGGCAUCAAUACAAUGGAGUACAUUAACGAUCGACCACGCGAAAGAUGUCAUUUCUCAACUUAAAAACAUCAAAUUAGUUCAGUUGAAACUUCCUCUUAUUUAUUUGUAUUCCUCUUACGAUCCAUCGAUUUCACAGAUCUUAAACAACUCAAUAAUGAUUGAAUUCUUCCAGAGUUACAUAGAACUAUUCAACUCAUUCUACAACAUGUUCUAUAACUACGUGAUUGAGUUCUUCCACGAGUUAGAAAACGCGAAAUGCUGCACAGGAAUUCAGUUGUCAUUGAUUUCGAAACUUUGCCAAACUUUCGCUUGUUCGAAGCGAUUGACAACGAUUUCUUUCAUCGAUGCACACGAUGUUUAUGCUGAAAUGACGAACUACAAGGAGAAGAUACAUCAGCAAGUGUUGGAAAAGAUCACAAGCAGAUCUCUUUACCUCAAAGUCGCUGCAGAUUUCGCUUUGAUUGCUGAUGCAAUGGAAGUUUUCGAUCCUCUGGAAACAUUGAAUCCGAAGAUUAUUUUGCAGAUCAAUUCUAUGUAUGGUUUCUUCUUGAUGUCAGGUGUUCAAAGCUUGACAUCAAUUGCACAGAAGAAGUACUACGUAGAUUUGAGUGUUUCAUGCAUUAAUUCGAUGAUUCUUUUCUCAAAGAACCAAGGAAUGGAAUCAUUCGCACAAAUGAUCGAAUACAUGAAGUCAAUGAGAGAUUUCAUUUAUUCAUCUGAUUUUGCUGAGAAAUCAAAUGAUUACUGCAGUGGAACUAGUCAAGGAUUCAAUGCUAUCAUUGAUAUUUGUAGAAGAGAAAUAACAGGAGAUGAUUUGAGACAAUUUGCUGAAUUGCAAAGAUUGUAA